AGGGGUCGUGCUUCAGUCGCGUUCCGCCAAUUGAAUAGGAAUUGGGAGCUAAUUGAACGGGAAACGGGAAAUGGGAAAGAGCCCCAGCCACUUAGUUUUCCGCCAAUUUGCACAUUCUCAUUAUUUUGGGUCGUUGGCCGGGUGCGGUUCUUUCUUCCUUCUUUCUUUCAUGGGAAUGCGCUCCUUUUAAUAUUGUUCGCCAUUCAAUGUCACCGAACAUUUACGUUCUCUUUUACAAGCAGCUUUCAAUUGUCUACAACCAUACUUCGAUAUAGUCGGACUCCACCAACGCUAUACUCGCUCUGACUCGGCGCUUCAUCUCGACAUUACACAAAGUCGCAUAAAAGUCGCAUAACUGUAUUUAAUGAUUCGAAGCUUCCAGCGGCUUCUUUACAACUACCUAAUCCUACAAAGCCUACUUCUUGCACUAUAAUGACAGGUCGUGGUGGUGCUCGAGGAGGCCGUGGCGGGCGCGGAGGUGGAAGGGGAGGUGGUGGAGGAGCGGGAACGGGAGCAGUAAGACCUGGCGAUCCAAUUCCCUAUCCUCGAAAGAGAAGAUACAGGCCCGGAACCGUUGCGCUGAGGGAGAUUCGAAGAUUACAGAACAGCACUGAUCUACUCUUGCGGAAAAUGCCAUUUGCCCGAUUGGUUCGCGAAAUAGCUUUAACAAUGCGUCCGGCUGACGAAGGUAUGCGAUGGCAAUCGCAAGCUCUCCUGGCGCUCCAAGAAUCUGCCGAGGCUUUCCUCGUCCACCUCUUCGAAGACACAAAUCUAUGCGCCAUCCAUGCAAAGCGAGUCACCAUCAUGCAAAAGGAUAUUCAACUCGCCAGACGAAUACGUGGCGUAUGGGGUGGUUUAGGCUGAGUGCGCAAGUCUGGCCAUAAAAUUAUCUCGCUAUUUUUCGUAUUGGACGUUUAAUUGCAUGGGGUUUGGUGGAAACUUC